AUGGCUGACGGGAAUAUCAGAUACGAACACAACACUAAUGCUUCUCUGUCGACGAUCGAAGGCCCUUCGCAACAGCCGACGCUCUUAAACCUGUUCAAUCCACCUAUAGCCAGCGCGACUCCGUACUCCGCCGACGGCGGCUUCUACCACCCAGCCGCCUCUCACGUCUUCCCCACUCUGGACGUCAGGCCUCGCCUGGGCUCAAAUACCUCUUCGACGGGCAUGGCACAUGCCCACCGCUCCACAGCAUUACCGCAUCCUGGCACACACAUCACCACUCGAGACCAGUACUCUCCGGCGACGCCAUCUUACAGGAGGGCGUCGGAGCACCAGCCCAGGUCUCCAUCGUAUCCAACUGCUCUACGACGCCAUCCGAUAUCUCCAACUUCUAGCCCCAUCACCGGUUUCACCGCACCCGCUGCCCUGAGAAUGGAUCCCGGCCAUUACCCUUCGUCCUCCUCCAGGACACAGACGAGCGUGCCUCCGCUGAGCCCCAUCACGAACCUCGGCAUCCUUCAAUACACGGACGGCAUGCAAGUCAAGCUUGACAUCCACGGCAACAUCGACAAGGGCUUCUUCCAGUCCGAUGGCGAUUGGACGUGCUACAGGAGGAACUACUUCUCCUGCAUUUGCUCCUUUGGACUGACCCCACACUAUCCCGGCCAGGCUCUGCAAUUCACGCAGCAAGGCUCAACGCAGCCAUACUCGGUCUUGGGCUUUGCCAUGUCCAUCUCGGCAGUCGUCGCGGAGAACGAUUCCCACACGAUCGAACUGGUCCAGCACACGCCCAAGAGGGACAAGGGCCCGGUCGAGAAGCCUGGGAAGGUGCGCCUUCACCCGAAGCAUCCUCAGAUGUCACAUCCAAUGGGUCUCUACCAUGGCGACAGUGUGCUUGGAGGGCCGUCAAGGAUUGGGUUCCCAGACGGCGGGGGCUACGGCGGUCAGCAGAGCGGCGACUCUUACCAGACGGAGCACACGUUUGAGCGUAUCCAAUUCAAACAGGCGACAGCGAACAACGGAAAGAGACGGGCCGCACAGCAGUACUACCACCUGCUGAUUGAGCUCUGGGCGGACGUCGGGUCACAGGGCCCGAACAACUUCAUACGGAUCGCGUACCGGAAGUCAGCCAAGAUGAUUGUGCGCGGCCGUUCCCCGGGGCACUACCAGAGCGAGAGGCGUGCCAGCACCAGUAGCGGGCCAGGGGGGUCUGGAGGCAGCUUCACGGGGUACCCGAACAGCUCCAUCAUCGGGUCCGACUUUGGGCCCGCGGGUGCCAUGGUGGGAGGAGGCUACGCGGCCGGGUUCGAUACCCGCGGAAGCGCUCAUUAUGGGUCAACUCGUCACCACCCCGAGCUGGAGCACAUGCUACCUCCCGAAGACGCCAAAGCCAUCGACACGACAAAGGAAUACCAGUAUUACCCCGGCACGAUGUAUGACGGGGCGGACUCGAGAGGAGUGGAAAUGUUCGCCCACCACCGGCAUGGGCAAGACAACAUGGUGCCGCAUGUCGGUUCAAACUACGAUCCACUCCACAAUAGAGUCAAGCGCGACCCCGAGAUACUGCCAAGCAUCUUUCAGCCUGGAGCGCUCAUGUCGACUCAAAGAUGUGGUCCUUUCGAGGGCAAGUCUACGUCUAGUGGAUACUAUCCAACCAUGGUACCACAGUCCGGAGCCAACGUCUCGAAUAUGACGUGA